GUCGCCCUGUGCGGGUUGGCGCAGGAGCAGGGCAUCGCCGCUCUACGGGCGUGCCUCGCCGACGCCCGCGGCGAUGAGACACUUCGCUUCACCGAGAUCACUUCUGCCAUGGCACGUCGUGCUGUCGUGUGGGGCGAUUCCUCGGCGUGGGGUGAUAUAAAGGUUGUUCUCCAGACUCGCUUGGCCCCCGGCUCUCGGCCGUUGCCAUCUGAAGUCAUCGCCGUCUGUGCUGCCCAUUUCCGCGACGCAGAUUUCAUCGUUCCCGACCCCAAGGAGGACGCUGUCAUUGUCCAUGGUGGGCUGGACAACGGGUACGGGUCCGCGGAGGAUGGGUGCCACUUCUUGCCGCUGCUCCAUGUCGACGAGUACCGCCUGUUGCCCCCGUGCUCGUCACCGAAAUGGGCCGACAUGGUGGCGGCCGUCGCCGCUCGCAGUGGUGAUCUCGCGCUGGAGUCGCGCGUCCGUGACGGGGGCGACUGCUACUUCCACGCGCUUCUCGUCCUCCUGCAUUUCCGGGGCGUGCUCAUGCUCGCGCCGAGCGGCGUGUCCGCGGCCCCGGGGGGAGCGAGUGCCAGUCUUCGCGUCCCGGACCCCACGGGCGAGAGCGUCGCCGCAUUGCAGGCCAAAGUCGAAGGGCUCCCAGAGGACGAGGCAUCGAACGCGAUCGAAGAGUUCCUGUUUCUUGACAUCGUCUUCGAGGGUUUUAAGACGAAGGAGGAGGUUUACGAGACGGUGCGCCAGAGGGUCAUGAAGGCGUGGGAGGACACCCGGUCUCACCGCCAGAUUGCCAGCGAGCUGGAUUUCGAUUUGCGCACCAUCGCGCCGAAGCUGUUGGCGGACGCCGUGCACACCGCAGCAAAGGCCCGGGGUCUCUCUGCGGAGGCGCUGCUCUCUGCCGUGGAGUGCAACAUGGGUUUCAUCGAGGCGCCCGGAACAAAGCUGACGCACUUGCGGCAGUCAGGUCAUUACAUUUCCCCUGGCCAGCCCCUCUUGAUCGGCAGCGCGUCCUCCACGCGGAAGUCGGCCUUGAUGCAGCGCACGGACAAGUGGUUGACGCAGGUCCCGGAGGCCUCCCCUGUUUUCAUAGACAAGUUGGUCAUGAACACGGACUGCACCACGAAGGGCAUUCGGAAGCAGCUUGAAGAACACGGCCGGUGCGGCAUCUCCAGCGACGAGGCCGCAAACACGUUCCAGACGCCCUUCAGCGACGUGGAGUCCGGGGUGCACUAUCUCAGCUGCGCGAAGCUUAACACGUGGACGCAGAGCGAGCACGACGGACCGGCGACUGGCAACGGCAAGGUGUCUUUGGACAAUUACAAUUUCAUGCUCAAGUGCGCGGGCCAGACAGAGGUCGUCGAGUUUAUCGUCAUGCCGAAAGUGCACGGGUUCCAGAAGCGCAUGCAGACGGACGUGCGCGCGGACGACGGGGUCGAUUCCGAACAGAGCGACUCCUUCAUCGAGCGUCUGCACGGGUGGAUGCAUGAGCAUUGUUCUGAUGUCGCCAGCGUUCUCUCGCUCGACGGCUUCGCCUACACCAUGUGCCGUGCUGCGAAGCAGGCUUUUGAUGAUAUCUGUCAGACCGUGCCAAUGCCGCCGGCAUUCAAGACGAAGUUGAAUUUCUUUCACAGCGACUUGCUUCGCGCAACGCACCGGGUGCACCGCGGGAGCCAUUUCGCCAGGCUUUUCAUCGCCCGGCAUGCUGCCCAGGGCGACGACGCCCUGGCGUCGCAACCGCCUUCUGAUUCUGCUUGCGAACGUUGUCUUCCCAGUGUGAACGAAAUCACGAUGGGGCUCCACAAGGUUCUCCGCCAAAUUGAACUUCACUUUGGGUUGUGUCGCUUCCACGUCGCCCACGCUGCCGAGGGCAACCAUCGCUCCGGCGGCGACGGCAGGUGCGCAGGCGGAUCUUCGGCGGCCGUGCUGGCCGCUCCUGACGUCGCGGAGAUAGCGAUGAGGGCCCUCAUGCCGUCCGAGCUGAUGCGGCAGUUCCUGCUCACUCGCGCUCCCAAGGGGCAGAUUUUCACGGAGGCGGAUGCGAGGCAGUGGCUCAGGAAUAAGAGGGACACGUGGUUCAGAACGGACCUGGCAAAGAAGAUCUCCGACGGCUUGACAGCGCUGGUCGCGGCUAAUCUCCUGGACAGGGUCGCGGACUCCGCCGAUGCGGGGGGCUCCACGCAGAGGGCCAAGGCGGCGCAAGGCGGCUGGGGCCUGGAGCGUCGUGGUCUAGCGAGUUGGCACUGCCGCGUCCAGGGGCUCCCGUCGCUCUCCCCCGUCACUCCGGGCCAGUGGGGCCCAGGCAUCAAUCGUCGGCAGUUUCCCUGGAAUCAGUGGAUAGUUCCCUGCGUUGCCCCCGAGAUUCUUUUGGUUUCGCAGUGGGAAAUCCAGGUCUCAUUCAGACCGGAGUGCCCGGGCUUUCGAUGGUCGUUCAGCGAGCCCACGAGCGCGUACCGCACUCGACAACGCUACCCAGCCCACUACGAGCUGCUAAUGGAGGUGCUCUCAGAUCAUGACAAGAAGGCCGUCGAGGAUCUGCAGUAUCGGCGUAUCGUCCCUGAGGAUUACGAAUUGCUGUCCGGACUGGACGCGAGCGUGUCCCGCAGCGCCCGGGAUAUGGACUAUAUCAACAGCGUGCUCGAGCGGUGCAAGGGCGGACACCCCGGCGAUCCGGCGCCCGCGAAUUGUAGGAUUUGCAUGGAGGAUGUCCCGUGCCGCCACCUACCUUGCAGGCAUUCGUUCUGCUCCGACUGCCUCGUUUCAAGUUGGUCCAAGGUGGGCGCGCUCGGCCUGAUUUGCCCUGCGUGCAGGCAAGAUGUGCCGGAAGGGUUGGCGCUCGCGGAGGAGAGAAAGGCCGGUGUCGCCACGGGCGGUUGCACCGAGGGCGCCGCGGGCGCAGGGGGCGCUGCGGAGCAGGGCGUCGGCGCUGCCGCCGCCAGCGCGGCCAGGCCCCUCGAGGGCGCCGCCCGCGCUGGUGCCGCGGGCGCGGGAGGCGUGGCCCAGGCGUCCGAAGAGGGCGACGUUGCGGGGGAGAGUGGCGAAAAGACGGUAUGGCAGUGCGUGGUCGCUACCAUUCUGUCCGAAUCCCCAGACCUCUCCUCGGAAGUCGCGAAGCGCCUCCAAGUGGGGGACCGUCUCGAGGGCCUCGCCGUGCCUCGGAUGGAGGGCCCGGUGAUGCGGGUGCACGUGAGGAUCGGAGACAAAGUCGGCUGGGUGACGUUGCGGAGCACUUCGGGCAAGGAGCUCGUCUCAGUCUUGGGCGCCGACGCUCAACCUGGCGCUGCCGACGGCCGUGGCGCGCCUGCCCUGGCGCCCGGGGUGCCCUCGGCAAUGACGCAGCAUAUGAUAGUAGAUUCGCAGUAUUUGGAGAUGGCAGUGAAGGGCAUCAAGACUAAGGAGUACCGCGGGUUGAAGGCCGAUUACUGGCGACGUCGGUUCCUCCAGGGUGGGCGGGACCGGCACGUCACCCGCGUGAGGAUGAGGGCCGGCCGCGAGAAGUUCAGGCCGGAGGCGGUGUUCGAGAUCGUCAACAAGGAGGUGAUCAAGGUGGCCGACUUGGCCGACGUGUGCUUGCCCGACCGAGGUGCGGAGGCGUGGGGCCGGCUGUUCGGCGGGUGCACGGAAGUGCUGGUGUUGCACCUCGGUGGCAUCGUAGAGAACCGCACCGAAUGGCGGCGCGAGGUGGAGGGCGCGCAAGGGGGCACGGUGCUGCGCGCGGUUUCCCCCGAGCGCGCGGGCGCCCAGGACGACGCGGAGGGCCAGGGGCAGGGCCGCGUGCUCGUCGGCCAGGGCAUCGGCGCGGAAGAAGAGCAGGCGAAGUGGAGGCUGGCGAGCUCCUUCCUGUCGCGGCGCGGAGGCCUCGUCUGGAACGAGGUGGUGGAGGCAGCGCUGGGCGACAAGCAGAAGCUGUUCGACCGCGUCGUGGACUUCCGGGGCAUGCACGCGACGCUGCUCGCAAUGUCAAUCGGGGCGCUGAGACAAAUCGGCCAGGCUGCCAUGUUGCGCCGGGACGUGAUCCGGGAGAAGAAGCCUGCACUUGUCUACCACCUAAUCCGCUGGUACCGCCAGGCGGCGGUCGAUGACGCGGCGUCGGCGGCCCUGCCCGCCGAGCCGGCGGCGGAGGAGGCGGAGACGGAGGAGAACCCGUUGGCGGACGCCCCACUCCUGAUCCCGCGCGCCAAAGUGGCGCGGAUCAUCCGCGCCCUGCUGCCGCUGUUGUCGGCGAAGAGGUCCGGCCACGCAGAAGGCGCGCCGCUGAAAAUCACCGAUGAGGCCGUGGGUGCCGUCCACGAGCACCUCGAGUACGUCCUGCGCGCUCUGGUGAGCGACGCUUUCGCUGUGGCCGAGUGGGCGAAUACAGACCGCGUGAAGAAGAUGUCCGUGACUGCGCUGGCCGUCCGGAUGUCAGCCUCUAUCCAGACGAAGACGUUCGUGGCCAGCAAGCGGAAGCGCAGGCUUGCCAACGUCCUGGAUGACCUUGCGAAGCUCGCGGGGAGUGUUUACGACGGCGAUGCGCCGGUCGACUGGGUUGGUUGCGACGAGCUGUCCGAUUUCCUCUUCAGGAAGUUCAUCUCGGCCGAGAAAAGUGAGAAGAUUCGCGUGCCUGCGGCAGCUUUCAGGGAUACGCGGUGUUUCACGUUCCACUUCCUCGACGCGUUUAUUUCCCAGGGCGUCGAAUCGGCGCGCCGCUGCGGUAAGAGCACUCUGACCAAGCGGAUCCCCGAGAGCCUUCGGCCCAAUCUGCCCCCUGGCCGGCCGGGGCCCGGGCGCUCGGACUGCCCCCGCAGCUCCGCAAGGGCGUGGCUCUGGGAGGGCGGCGCUGCGGGUGGCAUGUCGAACAAGGAGGCGCACAAGCUGGAGGCGGCAGGCGACGGUCUCAUGGAGCAGGCCGGCAAGAGGUGGAACAAGACCACGAGGGCGUUCGACGCGGUGGCCGGAUACGCCGCUUGCCCCGAAGAUGCGAAGUACAAGAAGCAGGCGAAGGAGAAGUACGACGAAGCGAGAAGGAAACGCGUGCAACUUAAAGGAAUGGCAGAGCAGUCCGUGAACAAAGACGGCACCAAUGACGUGAAGAACGCGAAGGGCCAUCAGGACGCCAUCGACUAUAUCGACGCCAAGAAGAGCGAGUUUCGACAGUUGCAGAUGGACUCCACCGCCAUGUUCCGCGAAGUCGCCCUGUGCGGGUUGGCGCAGGAGCAGGGCAUCGCCGCUCUGCGGGCGUGCCUCGCCGACGCCCGCGGCGACGAGACACUUCGCGCCACCGAGAUCAGUUCUGCCGUGGCGCGUCGCGCCGUCGUAUGGGGCGAUUCCGCGGCGUGGGAUGACAUGAGGGAUUGUCUCCAGUCUCGGUUGGCCACUGGGUCCCGGCCGCUGCCAUCCCAAGUCGUGUCCGUGUCUGCCGCCCACUUCCGCGAUUCAGAUUUCACCGUUCCCGACCCGAGGGAAGACGGUGUCCUGGUCCACGGCGGGUUGGAGACCGAUUACGAGUCCGCGGAGGAUGGGUGUCACUUCUUGCUGCUGCUUCACGUCGACGAGCAUGGCCAGUUGCCCCCGUGCCCGUCACCGAAGUGGGCCGACAUGGUGGCGUCCGUCGCUGGUCGCAGCGGCGAUCUCGCGUUGGAGUCGCGCGUCCGCGACGGGGGCGACUGCUACUUCCACGCGCUCCUCGUCCUCCUGCAUUUCCGGGGCGUUCUGCUGCUCGCGCUGGGCGGCGCGUCGGCGGCACCUGGGGGGGGCGGUGCCGGGGUUGCCCCGAGCCCCCCUUCCCCCGCGGGCUCACCAGCCGGCCCAGGUCCAAUCGUUGACGGACCUCGGAAGAGACCCGAGCUCGCCUCUCAGUUCCCGCCUGAGUCGCCAGUUUCUGCGGAGAAGACGUCGCCUGCGUCGUUCACCUCCUUCAGGAAUGGGGCGCGAUUCGAGGAUUCUCUUGCAGAGAGUGCCAGCUCUCGCGUCCCAGACCCCACGGGCGAGAGUCUUGCCGCAUUGCAGGCUAUAGUCGAAGAGCUCCCGGAGGACGAGGCAUCGAAAGCGAUCGAAGAGUUCUUGUUCCCCGACAUCGUCUUCGAGGGAUUUAAAACGAAGGAGGAGGUGCACGAGAGAGUGCGCCACAGGGUCAUGAGGGCGUGGGAGGACACCCGGUCCCACCGCCAGAUUGCCAGCGAGCUGGAUUUCGAUUUGCGCACCAUCGCGCCGAAGCCGUUGGCGGACGCCGUCCACGCCGCAGGCAAGGCCCGGGGUCUGUCCGCGGAAGCGCUGCUCGCCGCUGUCGAGUGCAACAUGGGUUUUAUCGAGGCGCCUGGAACGACGCUCACGCACUUGCCGUCGUCAGGCCAUUACAUUUCCCCUGGCCAGCCCCUCUUGAUUGGCAGUGCGUCCUCCACGCGGAAGUCACCUUUGAUGCAGUGCACGGAUAAAUGGUUGACGCAGGUCCCGGAGGCCUCCCCUGUUUUCAAAGACAAGUUGGUCACGAACACGGACUGCACCACGGAGGGCAUUCGGAAGCAACUCGAAGAACACAGGCGGUGCGGCAUUUCCAGCGACGAGGCCGCCAACACGUUCCUGACGCCCUUCAGCGACCAGGAGUCCGGGGUGCAGUAUCUCAGCUGCGCGAAGCGUAACACGUGGACGCAGAGCGAGUACGACGGACCGGCGACCGGCAACGGCAAGGUGUCUUUGGACAACUACAAUUUCAUGCUCAAGUGCUCGGGCCAGACGGAGGUCGUCGAGUUUAUCGCCAUGCCGAUAGUGCACGGGUUCCAGAAGCGCAUGCAGACGGACGUGCGCGCAGACGACGGGGUCGAUUUCGAACAGAGCGACUCAUUCAUCGAGCGGCUGCACGGAUGGAUGCACGCGCAUUGUUCCGUUAUCGCCAGCGCACUCUCGCUCGACGGCUACGCCUACACCAUAUACCGUGCUGCGAAGCAGGCUCUGGAUGACAUCUGUCAGACCGUGCCGAUGCCACAGGUGUUCAAGGCGAAGUUGAAUUUCUUACACAGCGAUUUGCUUCGCGGAACGCACCGGGUGCACCGCGGGGCCCAGUUCGCCAGGGACUACAUCGCCCAGCAUGCCGCCCAGGGCGGCGGCGGCGCCCUGGCGCCGCUUCCGCCCCUCGAUGCCGCUCGCUGGCGUCGCCUCCCCAGUGUCGACGACGUCGCGAUGGGCCUCCACAAGGUGCUGCGCCAAAUUGACCUUCAUUUCGGGUUGUACCGUUUCCACGCAGCCCAGAAGGCCGCAGCCGCCGAGGGCAAUCAUCGCUCUGGUGCCGACUGCAGGGGCGUUGGCGGAUGUUCGGCGGCCGUUCUGGCAGCUCCCGACGUCGCGGAGGCCGCGGUGAAGGGUCUCACGCCGUCCGAGCUGACGCGGCAAUUUUUGCUCAUCCGCGCCCCCAAGGGGCAGACUUUCACGGCGGCGGACGCGAGGCAGUGGCUCCGAAACAAGAGGGAUUCGUGGUACAGGACGGACCUGGCCCAGAAGAUAUCCGACGGCCUGGCGGCGCUGGUCGCGGCGCAUCUCGUCGACAGGGUCGCUGGUGUCGCCGACGCGGGGGAGUCCACCUCGAGGGCCGAGGCGGCGCCAGGCAAGCGCACGGUCAACCCCAAGGGCGAGGGCACGUUCAAGAAGCGCAAGCUCGAGGCCAUCUUGGCGGACGCCGACGCCACGGAGGAGCGCAAGCGCUUGCGAGUCAACACGCUGCGCAGGCUCGAGCCCGGCAACAUGAGUGCCAGCGGUGCUGAUUGGGGAGCGGUGCCGGGGCUCAACGCAUAUUACUGUUGCGGCGGCAAGACGGACUACGACAUGGAGAAAAAACAGCACGCGCGGUGCAAGAAGGAAGGAGAUUCGAAGAUGCUCGUCUCCGAGAAGAAGCGCUUGCGCAAGCUCCGGUGGAACCUGUCGAAAGAUGUCCAAAAGAUGGACGCCAACGACGAGGAGAGCCUGCAGCAGGAGGCGAAGAGCAAGGCGAACCGCGCCUACGACGACGGCGGCUCCGACACGGAGGCAGCGGUUGCCACUGAGGAUGCCGCGGCGGCGCGCCCCCAGCUUCCCGAGAUCCCAGCGCGCAUGGUUGUCGACCUGGAGCCGUCGUCCGAAGAUUCCUCGGACCAUGAGCCGCCCAGUGCCGCCGCGCGCGCGCUCAGCCACUGA